GGCCAGGCAAAAGAAAUUCUGCAGAAACCGAUUUUUUGGUCGUCUCGGCUUCCCUCGCUCUUCCUGAACAUCCUCCCGCGCCCUCUGCAGCCGCAUACCAUUAAAUCACCCGAGUCCUCCAUCUGUCCUCUCGGAAUUCCAUUUUGUACCUUUUUUUUUUUUUUUUUAGCAGAGGUCAAUCUUUAAGCCGCACUCGAGAUGUCGCCGCUUCUGCCUGUCGCCGUGUACGGCCUCGAGGUUCCUCCGGGGGGGGUCAUGGUCCCCGCCGAGAUUGAGUUUCCGGCGACGAUCCGCAUCACCAUGGCGGCCAUUGACCCCACGGCCGCGCCCGAGACUGACGACCAGGGCAAUGUUCCCUCCGUCCCUCGCUCGACCCUGAAGAUCCACAAGGCGAACGUCGACGAGAACGACGAGGAGGGUGGUGACUACCUGGACUCGCUUCUCGGCAAGGAUGACGAAGAUGACGAGUCGGAUGAGGAUGACGAGGAGGCCAACGGCGGUCCCAGCGACCCGUCCAAGUCCAAGAAGGCGCGCCGCGACGCCGCCAUCAAGAAGCUCCUCGAGGCCACCAAGGAGGACUCGGACGACGAGAUGGAGGAUGCCGACUCCAAGCCCAACGGCGUCAAGAACAAGAACAAGAACAAGGGCAAGGGCAAGGCUAGCGACGAGGACGAGGAGCAGAGCGACGACGAGGAGGACGACGGCGAGGACCUCAACCUGGAGGAGUACGUCGUGUGCACCCUCGAUACCGAGCGGACCUACCAGCAGCCUAUCGACAUCACGGUUGGCGAGGGCGAGAAGAUCUUCUUCAGCGUCAAGGGUACCCACACUGUGUACCUGACCGGCAACUACGUCGUUCCCGAGAACGAAGAGGAGGACGACGAGGAGGACGAUGAGGAGUAUUCGGAUGACGAGUACGACCUCCCUCCCGGCAUCGAGGACGAGGACUCGGACGAGAUGAGCGACGAGCUCGACCACAUCGAUGGCGCGGCCCGCGUCGAGGAGGUCGACACCGAUGAGGAGGAGGCGCCCAAGCUGGUCGAGGCCAAGAAGGGCAAGAAGCGGGCCGCCGAGGAGGAGGCCGAUGGCCUCGACGACAUGAUGGCCAAGGACGAGAAGAAGCUCAGCAAGAAGCAGCAGAAGAAGCUCAAGAACAACCAGGGCGAGGCUGUCGCUGCCGAGUCCAAGGCCAAGGAUUCGCCGGCCGCUAAGGGCGACAAGAAGGUCCAGUUCGCCAAGGAGCUGGAGCAGGGCCCAACCGGCCCCGCUAAGGACAGGGCCGAGGGCAAGGGUGACAAGGCCGAGAACAAGGGCGACAAGAAGGGCCUCGGCGUGAAGGUUGUCCAGGGCGUCACCAUCGACGACCGCAAGAUCGGUACAGGCCGGACGGUCAAGAACGGCGACAAGGUGGGCAUGCGGUACAUUGGCAAGCUCCAGAACGGCAAGGUGUUUGAUGCCAACAAGAAGGGCGCGCCCUUUACCUUUAAGGUCGGCAAGGGCGAGGUCAUCAAGGGCUGGGAUAUCGGCAUCCAAGGCAUGGCCAUUGGUGGUGAGCGCCGCCUGACCAUUCCUCCUCACCUCGCCUACGGCAGCCGGGCCCUCCCCGGCAUCCCGCCCAACAGCACCCUCAUCUUCGACGUCAAGCUGCUCGAGAUCAAGUAAACAACCGGUUGCCUUGAGGGCCCUUUGCCACGGGCUAGACCCGAUUAGCCACCUCUUGCUUGGUACCCGGCGCGCGGCGUCGGUCGGUGUGGGUUCCGUGUACUCUAUGAGGAGGGGAGUCUCCUUCUUUCCCUCUUCCCCUCGCUGGCGCCUCGAGAGCUGGGCGCUUGAUUUCCUUUGCUCUGCUGUGCUGGCAGC